GUUUGUUGAAAAUAUUUUCAUUUCAUUUCAUUUUUUAAAAAAGUUGAAACGAUACAUCCCUAAGUGUGAGUCACAAGGAAGAGCGUGUGAAGGGGGGGGGGUAAUUUUGUUUGUCGCUAAGUGAAAAGUAUAAUGCAUCUUUCUAUAUAUAGAUACUUAGAAAACAAUUAGAACAAAAUCUUUUUUUGUUUUUUAACCCGGAAAAUCUCUUCUAAAAGUUUUGAACAGGGAAAUUUUUGAAAUACUUAAAUUUUUUGUAUCUCACUGUAUUAGAUAUUUUAUUGUAUAAGCUGACCAGUAGGGAGGGGACAGCGGUCAGUUUAGUUUAAAUAUCCGAUACAGGUCAUCUCGUGAAUGGACAGAAAAAGAUCUUUCCAGAAGAAAAUGGAUUUCACGACAAGGUUUAACCGUUGCAAAACCCCCUCCGGGGCAGUUCCCAUCUCAGUCAUCAUGGGAUUCGAUUAUCCUCUGGAGUAUAGGGGGUGCAGUGGCAGAGGGGAGGGGGGAAUGAGUGAUUUCACUGCCCAAAGUUUUUCGAACGGAAAUUCUGAUUAUUCAAGCAAAAAAAUACAGAACAGUUUAAGCAGCUACAGAAGCAGCAGAGACCAAGAAACAAGGAGCUCCAGAAAUCUGUAUGAAAGCAGCGAAAUUGAAAACACAAGUAGCUCCCUUGAACGAUAUGGCAGCAGUUUGUCACGAAAUAAUUUUGAAAACAACUCCAGAAGCUUGAAUGGAAGCAGUGGAAUCGAAAACACAAGGAGCUCCGUCGAACGAUACGGGAGCAGCAGCUCCAGAAAUAGAUAUCAAACAUAUCAGUAUCCAAGUCAGACCGAACCUAUAAGCAAGGUAAUAAUUUAA